GGCUGUGGUAACUAGUGACGACCCCUUAGGAAAACGAAAGAGACAACCAGCUAAAGGCGAGCGCGCGGCCAUGUUGAAUUGUCAUUUUUUUAAAAAGAAGAGACAAAAGAGAGACAAGUCGGUGGGUUUCACGAAACACAAACAGUAUCAUAAUACUUGGAAAAUUUGCUUUAAUUAAGUUAACGAGAGAAGACGUCCGAUGAACAUUAAGGUAAAAUGUUGUAUUUGUGUGAAGUAGCCGAUAGUGCAUGGGCGCUACUCGGCUGCCUAGGCUAGUACGUUAUGUUUGAAGAAGGAGAGUCGACCAGUCAGCCUACGCGUAGUUAAUGUAGCUAGCUAGCUAACCAAACGUGCUAGCUAGUUUAUUUUUUUACUUUCUAGAAUCUGUCGACUGUCUUUAUCUAAAUCGUCAGCCUCAACUCUAACUUGUGUCGUGAAGUUAACUGUUAGCAUCAAAGUUGUCAGUCAAACUAACUCAGCCAAAAUAACUUCGUUUAACACGUCGUUGUCACAGCUAACAGUUAGCUAGCUAACGUUAGUUGACUAGCUAACUAACGUCACAUCCCUAACUAGCUACGGUAGCUUAGCUAACCUGCUUUACCGGGCAUUUAAUGCCACUAGGUACUAGUUAGUUAGCCACGUAAAGUUUGCCUACCGUUAGUGUGGUCACACAACCAAUCAUCAGUUAGCUAACUAACGUUUGCUGGUAAACCCAAUUGUGGGUCUAUGUUGGCUGCUCAAAUUGUUAAUUGUCUCACGAGUACACUGAUCACUUACUUAGAACUAACGUAACGUUAACUAAACUAUUUUGUUGAGCUCAGUCCUAACUAGCUAACUAACGUAGUGUUUUGCUCGUAAUUUAGUAUGUUUUUGAUCUUGUUAAAAGUUAUCCUGCUUUGCUUUUUGCCCCAGAUCACUGCACUUGGCAACUACCUAACUACACUUAUUAUUUAGACCAUUUUUACCACGUAAACUAGCUAGCUAAAUACCUUGCUAAUCUGUCCAGUUAGCUAGUUACACGUUAAAACCCAAAUGCUGAAGUUUAAACGUUAACGUGAAAUAAUCCAGAGUCUAUCUGGAAAUAAACAUGUUCUACCUUUUUCAAGUACAGUCCUAUUUAGUGGUUUCAUUAAUUUAGACCUGUAAUCUCAAUUUCCUUUAGUAUUAGCUACAGUCAAUAGUGGCACAGGCACACGUUUUCAUUUAUGUGGUGCUUUUGUCCUUAUGAUGUAUUGUUGCUUUCAGGCAGGUAACCUGGAGUGUAUCAGCUCCACAUCUACCACAGCAAAAGAAGAGAACAACUGAAAGAGCACAACAGCAGAACACACAUUGACGUUGUGACUGUCCAAGUGAACAGCAUAUAGGGUUUGAACUAUUUCCCUCAGUGUUUUGUAUAAGUCAUUUUUUUUGUUGUUGCCAAGAGCAAAAUUUUUGCUUCAUACCAGACCAAGUUGAAAGACUCAUAGGAAUAGUCCAUGUGAAUCAGAGGACCGUACCGGUCUGUUUGAAUGUAAAAGACUAAAAGCACUUGAGAGACUCUAACAAAGAAACGUACGACCACUUCAGUCCAGGAAAACAGCUUAAAAGAUAUUUGAACAGAGAAACAAUAUUAGAAACUUAACAGGUUGUUGAAUACAGAGAAAAGAAAAGAGACUUCAGAAAAAAAGCUAUUUUCACCAGGAAUAAGACUACUUCAGGAUAAUUUACUUUAGAUGUUUGAACUCUGUUGAAUUCUGAAACACGUUCACAUAGGUUUAUGUUUUGAGCGGAUAUAUGAUCUAUUUAUUCAUAUAAAUGCAAAUUUCUCCCUUUUUGGGGAGCGUCGUCUUGUAAAUAUACCAUUUUCAUACGCCAGACUCUUCUUUUCAAGAGGUCUGUACGUAUAAGUGUAUACAUAUAUUCUUUAAAUUAGAAAUCCUGAAAACAAGGUUUGUUUAUUUUUUGUGUGAACUAAUUAACACCAGGACAUUAGUUCCAAUAGUGGGAAAACAAGAUCUAAGGAAACGUUGAUCAAAAGUUGAAGAAAGGAAAAAAAGUUUAGCUAUACACUGUGAGUGACUAAGGAAUUGGCAGACUGUGAAGGAAAAGCUCUCUAAGCCAUGUCUACAGCAAGAACGGAGAACCCAACAUCCAUCAUGGGACUGAACAAGCCCAACGGGCAGUUUAGAGGACCGCUCAAGCCAGUUGGACUAACGUCAGGAUCCCUGGCAACUGCCCCACAACCAGGUGUCCCCCAGAAGGGUGGUAACAUUCCCCAGGGCAGUGGGGGCAUCCGGUUUGGCGAUGACUGGAAGAAGUGCCUGCAGCUUCCACAGAAAGACUGCCGAUUUAGAACAUCAGUAAGUCCUAGUGCCACAUUCACAGUUUAAUAAAGCAGACUAAUUUAAGUCCACCAAUCAAUAACCCUAGCUUCAACCUUGACCGUCUACUCUUUCCCCAGGAUGUGACAUCGACCAAGGGGAAUGAGUUUGAGGACUACUGCCUGAAGCGGGAACUACUGAUGGGGAUCUUUGAGAUGGGCUGGGAGAAACCGUCUCCUGUUCAGGUAACUUCCCUCUGCUUCUCUGUCCAUGACUAUCUUGGAACUUUGUUGAUUGUGUUUAGUGUUUGCUCAUGUUUGUGGGACUGUGUCUAUGUCUCACCAUCCUGUGUGUCUGUCCCCAGGAGGAGAGCAUCCCCAUUGCUCUGUCAGGCAGGGACAUCCUGGCCCGGGCUAAGAACGGCACCGGGAAAAGCGGAGCCUACCUCAUUCCUCUCCUGGAGAGGAUAGACCUGAAGAAGGACCACAUACAGGGUGAGAAUCUGCACCAGCUGCUACUCAAUGCCCCUUCACCACCAUUCCAAGUAGUCUCAUUUGCUUGUUUUAAUCAAUUUUGGUACAAAGUCCAUCUAUGAAAUCUGUGCUUAAUGUUUUAUGAUUAAUUUGGCCUAUUGUGACGUAAUCACUGGUGAAUACCCCUAUGUAGUUGCCUGAACAAUUCACUAGAUUGAUGCACAAGUAAGCACACAUUCAGUGUAUGGAGAUGACAGUACUACGGCCCAGUGCGCCUAGGUGGGACACGUAAUCUCUGACAUAUGGACCGACCCACUAUCACACACCUAACGCCCACACACACUGUGCUGUAAUGGAGCUGGACCACAAGGGAACAGCAUGCCACACAUUCAUAAUCUGUCUAGGCCACUUGAGUUUAGUGAGUUGGAUAAAUUACAUUCAGUUAAGCCAGUGCCUGAGCUCAUCACCUGUCAGUGAAAUUGAGAUUUUUAAUUUUCUCUAGUUAUUGGUUAUUUAUUCCAACUGAUUUGUGGAUAUUUUAUUUUCUGUUGUCCCUCUUUCCCCAAACCCCUUUUUCUCUGCUCUAUCCUUAAUUUCUCUCUCCACUUCCUCUCCUAUCUCCCUCUCUGCAGCCAUGGUGAUGGUUCCUACACGAGAGUUGGCCCUGCAGGUGAGCCAGAUCAGCAUCCAGGUGAGCAAGCACAUGGGCGGGGUUAAGGUCAUGGCCACCACGGGAGGCACCAACCUGAGGGACGACAUCAUGCGUCUGGACGAGACCGGUAACUACUACUACCACUCAGCCACAGGGGACGGGCAGUCGAAAGGGUUAUAGAGUGGCUGUAGUGUAGUGGCAUAACCAAUGUGUGAAGAAUUGCAGCUGAUCGAUCAUAGCUCUACAGACAUUAUGGAUAUUGUUUGCUAGCGUAACUGACACUGAACUUUGUUACUUUAACUUUAAAUCCAGUUUGGCUAUCGAUCAAGAGACUUGCCCGUGUGUUACGCAACAGCACAUUGUGUAAUUCCUCAUUAUGUAGCUUUUAUGUACUGUACUUACUAGGGCUGUAAUGAUCGGUCCCCGAUUCAAAUGUUUAAGAUACAAUACAUGACCAAAAGUAUGUGGACACCUGCUCGUCAAACAUCUCAUUCCAAAAUCAUGGGCAUUAAUAUGGAGUUGGUCCCCCUUGGGGCAGGUAGCGUUCUCCUGGCAUCCGCCAAACCCAGAUUUGUCCCUCGGACUGCCAGAUGGUGAAGCUUGUUUCAUCACUCCAGAGAACGCGUUUCCACUGCUCCAGAGUCCAUUGGCGGCGAGCUUUACACCACUCCAGCCGGCGCUUGGCAUUGCGCAUGGUGAUCGUUGGCUUGUAUGCGGCUGCUCGGCCAUGGAAACCCAUUUCAUGAAGUUCCCGACGAACAGUUCUUGUGCUGACGUUGCUCCAAGGCAGUUUGGAACUCCAUAAUGAGUGUUGCAACCGAGGAUAGACGAUUAUUAUGCGCUUCAGCACUCGGCGGUCCUGUUCUGUGAGCUUGUGUGGCCUACCACUUCGUGGCUGAGCAAUUGUUGCUCCUAGAUGUUUCCACUUCACAAUAACAGCACUUACAGUUGACCGGGGCAGCUCUAGCAAGGCAGAAAUUUGACGAACUGACUUGUUGGAAAGGUGGCAUCCUAUGACGGUGCCACAUUGCAAGUCACUGAGCUCUUCAGUAAGGCCAUUCUACUGUCAAUGUUUGUCUAUGGAGAUUGCAUGGCGGUGUGCUCAAUUUUAUACACCGGCCAGCAACGGCUGUGGCUGAAAUAGCCGAAUCCACUAAUUUUAAGUGGUGUCUACAUACUUUUGUAUAUAUAUGGUGUAUGAGUUCUUUGGUCCGCUGUAACGAUCGGUCCCUGAUUCAAAAGUUUAAGAUAUGAGUGCAUUGAUCCGCGGGACCCCGAUCCAAAUGUAGCAUGCAUCGUCAGAAAAUCGAUUCAAACGUUACGAAUCGCCAAAUCACUUUUUUUGUUGUUGCUCAAAUUACUUUCUACAUUCCGAAAAAAACUCAUCUUUAUUGACAAUUGCGUCCUCUCCUUCAGUGUUGAGCUAAGCAUGUAAUUAUGUUGACAGUCAUUGAUCUAGAUGUCAUUUUGCAUGCCAAGCAACCCCAGUCAAUAUCAGUAGCCUAGUCACACUGCGCCCUGUGUGCAGCUGUGCACGCUGACCAACGAUGGGUAGGUCUAUUCCGGAUCAGGCAUAUCUGCGCGUCACCUUCAGCAUUCAAAUGUUUGUAAAAUGGCUUGUGCAAUAUUAGCCUUUAUUAGUUGAGUGACAACCAAUGUAGUUUGCUAGGUUAUUUUUAUCAAAAGCUGAUCGUGGCGUACAUUCGAUUUUAUUUAUAUUGUUCAGGUUUACUAUCAACAAUAGUUUUGGUAGUCAUUUUUAGAUAUAGGGUAAAGUUGAUAAUUUCAUAACGAGGACCGAAAUCACUUUUGCUAGCUGUACUACAUGGUCAAAGCUAGAGAAGAAGACGAGCUCAUUCCGAGUCCGGCAACUUCCAAAUGGUCUAACCAGGUAUUCAACUCUUACCCCUACGAGGUCCAGAGCCUGCUGGUUUUCUGUUCUACCUGAUCAUUAAUUGCACACACCUGGUAUCGCAGGUCUAAAUCAGUCCCUGAUUAGAAGGAAUAAUGAAAAAAUGCAGUGGAAUUAAGUUUACAAGUUUGAGGGGUCUAAACCAUCCGAUUUAUGAGACGGGGGAGAAAUCCAAAGUUGUGCUAUAUAUUCAUUGGCUAUGUCAUAGCAGAUUUUUUAAAGUUAAAUAUUUAUACAUUACUAGCUCUAACACUUAAUCUGCAAAAAUGACAUUAAUUAGUGGGUGAUGGUGAUGUCCCUUAUGCCCAGUUUUCCUUAUGGCUCAAAUCAGGUGCCUACAUACACUGUAGACCUAUACAUAAUUUACACACAGAAGUCCGCUCCAACAGAUCCAGCUCAGAGAAGCCCAGCUCAUGAGCUCCAGCUGCAGCAGAUUUUAAUUUAGAAUGGAAAAUGAAUGUGUAAUGCAACAAAUGUUAGUGCAUCGUUCCUCGAAUCGCACUGACUCGUUUCAAACUAAAACGCAUCGGAAACCAUUUAUCUAGAUGCGUAACAAAUAGUCUUAAAAGGGAAAGAUGCACAUUUUCACUCUUUUCUCCACCCCCCCUCUCAGUGCAUGUGGUGAUAGCCACACCAGGCAGGAUCCUGGACCUGAUAAAGAAGGGCGUGGCCAAAGUGGAUAAAGUCCAGAUGAUGGUGAUGGAUGAGGUGAGCGUCGCUGGUUGUUUUAUUAAAGCAGCAUAUGUUAUGAAAUAUGCAAAGUAUCCUUUUUGUGAAAGACUACGUAGUUGCUCAUUUUGUUUUGCUACUGGAGUAAUGGUGUAAUAAGCCAAGUGAAAGUAGCCCCUCUUUGCCACUUGCUCUGUUUGAACAUAUCAGUUCAUGUACUGAGGCUCUACUCAAUUGGGUCAUCAACGAAUGUGUCCUGACACUCUCUCCCUCUCCAGGCAGACAAGCUGCUGUCUCAGGACUUUGUGGUCCUGAUCGAAGACAUCAUCAGCUUCCUGGCUAAGGGUCGUCAGAUCCUACUCUACUCUGCCACCUUCCCCAUCAGUGUGCAGAAGUUCAUGGUGAGAGGACUUGCCUUAGUGGUGGCUAGAGAGUGUGAGAACAGGGGGAGACCAAGGGGGUGGUUGGAGAGACAAAGUGGGAGAUGUGCAUGGAGGUUCAAUGAGAGAAAGGAGUCUGAAUAACAUGUUGAUGACAGAAUUGUCUUUACUCUCUUCAAUUGCUAUCUGUUUCCCACUGUCCCUCUCUCCAGGCGAAGCACCUUUCAAAGCCGUAUGAGAUCAACCUGAUGGAUGAACUGACACUGAAGGGCAUCACCCAGUACUAUGCCUAUGUCACUGAGAGGCAGAAAGUCCACUGCCUCAACACCCUCUUCUCCAGGGUGAGUCUGUCUCUAGAGCUGUGGAGGUAGUUUGUUGGGCUACAUACAGUGCAUUCGGAAAGUAUUCAGACCCCUUUACCUUUUCCACAUUUUGUUACCUUACAGCCUUAUUCUAAAAUUGAUUUUUUUUUAUCCUCAUCAAUCUACACACAAUACCCCAUAAUGACAAAGUGAAAACUGGUUUUUAGAAUUUUUUUUAUUUACCUACGUAUUCAGACCCUUUGCCAUGAGACUCGAAAUUGGGCUCAAGUGCAUCCUGUUUCCAUUGAUCAUCCUUGAGAUGUUUCUACAACUUGAUUGGCGUCCACCUGUGGUAAAUUCAAUUGAUUGGAAAGACACACACACACCUGUCUAUAUAAGGUUGCCACAGUUGACAGUGCAUGUCAGAGCAAAAACCAAGCCAUGAGGUCGAAGGAAUUGUCAGUCGAGCUCCGAGACAGGAUUGUGUCAAGACACAGAUCUGGGGAAGGGUACCAAAAAAUUCUGCAGCAUUGAAGGUCUCCAAGAACAGUGGCCUCAAUCAUUCUUAAAUGGAGAAGAUUGAAACCACCAAGACUCUUCCUAGAGCUGGCCGCCCUGCCAAACUGGGCAAUCGGGGGAGAAGGGCCUUGGUCAGGGAGGUGACCAAGAACCCGAUGGUCACUCUGACAGAGCUCCAGAAUUCCUCUAUGGAGAUGGAGUUUGCCAAAAGGCACCUAAAGACUCUGGUCUGAUGAAACCAAGAUUGAACUAUUUGGCCAGAAUGCCAAGCGUCACGUCUGGAGGAAACCUGGCACCAUCCCUACAGUGAAGUAUGGUGGUGGCAGCAUCAUGCUGUGGGGAUGUUUUUCAGCGGCAGGGACUGGGAGACUAGUCACGAUCAGGGGAAAGAUGAACGGAGCAAAGUACAGAGAUCCUUGAUGAAAACCUGCUCCAGAGUACUCAGGACCGCAGACUGGGGCGAAGGUUCACCUUCCAACAGGACAAUGACCCUGAGAACACAGCCAAGACAAUGCAGGAGUGGCUUUGGGACAAGUCUCUGAAUGUCCUUGAGUGGCCCAGCCAGAACCAGAUCGAACAUCUUUGGAGUGACCUGAAAAUAGCUGUGCAGUGACGCUCCCCGUCCAACCUGACAGAGCUUCAGAGGAUCUGCAGAGAAUUGGGAGAAACUCCCCAAAUACAGGUGUGCCAAGCUUGUAGCGUCAUACCCAAGAAAACUUGAGGUUGUAAUCGCUGCCAAAGGUGCUUCAACAAAGUACUGAGUAAAGGGUCUGAAUACUUUUAUAAAUGUGGUAUGUCUUUUUAUUUAAUUUUUUACAUAUCAAUUUGCUAACAUUUCUAAAAACCCUGUUUUUGCUUUGUCAUUAUGGGGUAUUGUGUGUAGAUUGAGGGGGGGGGGGGGGACAAUUUAAUACAUUUUAGAAUAAGGCUGUAACAUAACAAAAUGUGGAAAAAGUCAAGUGGUCUGAAUACUUUCCAAAUGCACUGUACCUGUUUGAUGAGUAACCUUGAAGGAGCCUUGAAGACUUGUUAGCUCCCAGAGAUAUCACCUCAUGUUUUGCUAGAUGGACUAACUCUUGAGGUGGGUUGGCAACCUGUGUUCCAUAACUGGUCCAUUACCUACGCAGUCAGAAAAGCUAAACCUCUUUCAGUCGUAGAGAUAUUGGCUAAUGGGAGAGCAGGAAGCCAUGUUUCCUUCAUCUGGGUCAUCCAUUCAUUCAUAAUGAGUACGUUGUCUCAUCGAUGUGUCUUUUGUUCUCCAACAGCUCCAGAUCAACCAGUCCAUCAUCUUCUGUAACUCAACCCAGAGGGUUGAGCUGCUGGCCAAGAAGAUCACCCAGCUGGGCUACUCCUGCUUCUACAUCCACGCCAAGAUGAUGCAGGUCAGCUCAGCCACUUUAGAUUUAGACAGCAUGGAAUACCUUCUCAUUAGACAUUGUGUAGAUCUCACUGUAGUCAUGUUUUGCUAACCCUUGCACUGGUUUUGCCUUUGAAACAGGAGUACAGAAACCGUGUGUUCCAUGACUUCAGAAACGGACUCUGCAGGAACUUGGUCUGCACAGGUAACAUAUUUUACUCUUGAGUUGGUCCUCUGUAGCUCAGCUGGUAGAGCACAGCGCUUGUAACGCCAGGGUAGUGGGUUCGAUCCCCGGGACCACCCAUACACAAAAAAAAUUUAUGCACGCAUGACUUUAAGUCGCUUUGGAUAAAAGCGUCUGUUAAAUGGCAUAUUAUAUUAUAUUGAAUGAUUGCUUGGUUGAUUGUUAAUUAUAACCGAUACACUGAUUUGUUAAAUUAUUCUCUUGCCUCUCUGCUUAGAUCUGUUCACCAGGGGAAUUGACAUCCAAGCGGUGAACGUAGUGAUCAACUUUGACUUCCCCAAGAACGCUGAGACGUACCUGCAUCGCAUCGGCAGAUCAGGUGAGACCAUUCACUUUAUUUUCAUCAUGCUGUCCAAUCAGAUCUACUCAAGCAUCAUGUCCUUCUCCAGCUGCCAUCUGCUUUUCUCCUGGUUAAAUAAAGUGUUGAAAAUACAAGCCUGUUGCCUAUUUUAACACCUCUCCUUCUCCAGGGCGGUUUGGUCACCUGGGUCUGGCCAUCAACCUGAUCACCUCUGAGGACCGCUUCAACCUGAAGUCCAUCGAGGACCAGCUGGUGACCGACAUUAAGCCCAUCCCCGGCAGCAUCGACAAGGGCCUGUACGUGGCAGAGUUCCACUCUGCCGACCCAGACGCCGAAGACGAGAUCAGAGGCAAGGACGGCGAGUUAAGCGCAGCAUAAACGGUGAGGUUUUGACCACGUAUGCAGAGAUGGGGUCUCCCACUACUCAUCGAAAGGACUGGAUAGUUAUUUCACUUUUGUUUAUUUCACCAGUUGAGUCCUUUUGACUCCUUGCUGGUCAGUGGUCAUAAAACAAAGGAAUUUGGGGCAUUAGGGCCUGAACUGAGAAACUGUUCGCUCAUGUUCAGCCUAGCUCUUGAUAAAAGGUCCUUGGUGGAUAGGAUUGUUGAAUAGGCUUUGCUGCUGAUUUUGCAAUUUGAUUACAUUGGUUCUUAACUGGAGCCUUCUCUUUUCCAGGAGAACAAGAGGCGUCUGGCAUUCGUCACACCAUCCCCUGCUGCUCACAGACAUUCAGAUUAGUUUCUGACUGAAUAUUUUUAAAAAUCUACAGGAUGCAUCUCAGUUUUUUUAUUUUGUUUUAUUUGGGGGGAAACGUUUACAGCAGUGGUCAGUUUGUUUGGCACAGUUUACAGCCAUUUUUAACCAACAUGAUAUGUACCCAACCUGCCAACAAUUUUCUGUACUGUCAGUGUAUCACUGUAGUGGCUUCUUAUACGGUCACAUUUAAUCAUUCCCUGUUGAAAAGGCCCUCGCUUGUCAGGUUCACUUCCUGUAGACUUAUUUCUGAGCAGAUGACUGUCGAGGAAACCAAACCAAAGCUGAACAUGUUGAUAGGAGAAAAACCAAAAGAACCCUCUCUGCUUUGACAGCUGUCUGGGGAAAGCUAUCCUGGUGCUAUACGGUGGGGCCUAGAAUGAAAUACUAGUGUUCGUGCUAAUGUGACUUUACAGUCAUACAUGAAAGGCACUUCUAUUAAUAAUUUGUUUUGUCGCAGACGCACACAGAUGAGUCCAAUGAUGAGUGUUGAUUAGUUUACUUGUUGUUUAUUUGUUUAGUAUUUUACAGCCUCCUUAGUCGGCUAUAGCACCAGACAGACCCAUAACUCUUUGGGCAACAUAUCCCUUAGACAAGGAGAUGAUGGCAAUAGAACCUGACAUGGAGAAGAGCCUGUAUCAACAGGGCAUACAUUUUAUUUAGAUACGCUGACUUACCGACCCCCUCUAAACAAAUUAGACAUGCUGAAGCCAGUCAUCUUAUUCUAUCGCUCUGACUCUUCUGUUGAUCUCUCACACUCUUCCUCUCGUUAACUCAGUUGUGUGCCUUAAUCUAAACUCCGCUCACGGCUCAUACUGUAGAUCUGAAAGGAUCUGUCUGUGUGAACCAGAGCUCCAGAAAGUAAGUUGUAAGUUCUGUUCCGAAAAGAACUUAUCUGGUAAUGUGUUCUUUAGCUCUCACCUCAAGUCGGUGCUUGUUUUGUCUCAACUUCCCAAAAGUCCUCUCAGUGAUCUAAGGUCAAUUUUGCAUCCCUUCUCCUAGUGGUUAAUAUUAGGAUUUGGGGAUGGAAACCUGACCCUAGAUCAAUCCGUAGCUUUCCAGAGAGACCAGGGAGCAGGAAUGGUCACACAGGGUGGGGGACCCUAAUCUCUGUAACACAGGAAGUGACAAUACUGGCAAUUGUCGUUGAGGAAUCACCGCAUUUCAUGGUCAUAUUUUCUCAGUUGUUAUGCAAUGUAUUUUUCCUCUUUCUUACAGCUAUAUUGGGUAGUCUGACAGAGGAAUGGUUUUGUGUUGAGGGAAGAUUGUAGCAGUACUCUCAUUGGUCAAAGUACAGGGUUCUACUUUAAAAUGAUAAAAUAUUGCCAAAUACAAUCUUGUCUUAUAGCGACAACCCUAACAGAUCCUACAAUCUUCAACAUUUCAGAGAUGUAGCAGAUGGCUGGCCUCCGCAUUGAGUCUAGCACCAGCAGAACACAACAGAGACCAUUGUAAUGCAUGUACGCCCUUAUUUAAACAGCCUACAAUACUGAGCACUGUUUGUUUCCCCACGUCUGGCUCUGGAGUAUCCCUGUAAAUGCUGGAGUUUAUUUAUAACUGAUUCCAUUGUCAAUUAUCCUCAAUUGAGGCACUUGAACACUGAAAUGGGACUUUUGAUUUGAGCAUUGUCAAGUGUUUGUGUUAAACGUUAUUAAUGGGUUAAUCUCGCACACCAGCCGUCCACAGCUUGGGACAAGGCUAUAAAAUGGGAAAGUGAAGCAGCAUUUGCCAGGGGUACUCCAGUGCCGAUAUAAGAAGACUAUGGUAAACUUGUUUUUGACUUUUUAUUUUUAUCCAACUCGUUUGAGUAAUGCUCCUUUUGUAGUUGUCUUGUGUUGGCAGAGGUCACCUACUGAGCUGAGCUGUAAAGUGGUAGGAGGAUGGCUAAGCAAAGUUUAUUCUCGUGCCAAUUGUGUCAAUGCCAGCACCUCUGAAGGAAUGAAAUAAAGUCCUGCUGAUUCUCCA